CACUCUCAUGGUCUGGCUGCUUGAGUGUGUCUGAGUCCACUGAAAUUCCUGCAUGUUCGCCCAAGAUUAAGAUACACCAGCAAAAGCAGGACGACUACGAUGAGAGGCUGCCCACCCGCUAUUGCUUCUGCUCUUCUCCCCAUCAUUCUUCUAUAAACACUGGGAAAGGGGGGGGAACGGCAAGCCUUUUCGUGUCUGUGGAGAUUAAAGGAGAGAGAAAGAGAUGCAUUUCCCUUCAUCCGCAGUUAUCCUUGUUCGGUUUCAUCUGUGCGUACACUUGGGCUACAUUUUGCAAGUGGCCUGCCAGCAGCCCCGACGAGACCCUCCUCCCCCAGCCGUAUGGAGGCAAAGGAUUCAGUGGGAGAACAAUGGGCAGGUGUUCAGCCUUCUGAGCCUGGGCUCUGAGUACCAGCCUCCGCGCCGGAGGGACUCGGCCGCUGGCUCCUCCGCCCCCUCCUCAGCCUCCUCCUCGCUUCGCCAGUCUCCGGUCCUGCUGCUCAGAAACAACAGCACUUCUCCGCGCUCUCGCCCGCUGCCGUCUGUAGGCGCUCCGGUCCACGACAGCACGAACAGCAGGAGACAGCCGGCGGCACGGCACUGGUUCCAGGCUGGUUAUCAGCCGUCUGGGCAACGGCACCAGGGCGGACCGUCGGCGUCCACCUCCCCCGCUAACACUGCCACCACUAGCAGAAGCCCCGGGGGCCGAACGCGGGGCUCCAGCCCUGCGGCCCAGGACAGCAACCAAACCCCUGAGGGUAGCCGCCCCACCCUAAGCAACCUGAGAGGUCCCAGCCGAGUGGAUGGCAUGGUGGGCGAUGACCCCUACAACCCCUACAAGUACUCAGACGACAAUCCCUAUUACAACUACUAUGACACUUACGAGAGACCACGUCCAGGAAGCAGGUACAGACCUGGCUAUGGGACUGGAUACUUCCAGUAUGGUCUCCCAGACCUGGUGCCAGAUCCCUACUACAUUCAGGCGUCCACGUACGUGCAGAGGACGUCCAUGUACAACUUGAGAUGUGCUGCGGAGGAAAACUGCCUUGCCAGUUCAGCAUACAGGUCAGAUGUCAGAGAUUAUGAUAACCGAGUGCUGCUAAGAUUUCCCCAACGAGUGAAAAACCAAGGGACGUCAGAUUUUUUACCAAGCAGACCAAGAUAUUCAUGGGAGUGGCACAGCUGUCACCAACAUUACCACAGCAUGGAUGAAUUCAGCCACUAUGACUUACUUGAUGCCAGUACCCAGAGCAGAGUGGCUGAAGGCCAUAAAGCAAGUUUUUGCCUUGAGGAUACUUCCUGUGAUUAUGGAUACUACAGACGAUAUGCCUGUACAGCACACACACAAGGACUGAGCCCUGGGUGCUAUGAUACCUAUAAUGCAGAUAUAGAUUGUCAGUGGAUUGAUAUUACAGAUGUAAAACCUGGAAACUACAUUCUGAAGGUCAGUGUAAAUCCCAGCUAUUUGGUGCCUGAGUCUGAUUACUCAAACAAUAUUGUACGCUGUGACAUUCGAUACACAGGACAUCAUGCGUAUGCCUCUGGUUGUACAAUUUCACCGUACUGAGAGACGAAAAAAAGUAAAAUAAAAAAGUGGAUGAACCAGUGCCUGAUGUUUUGAACUGAAAAACAAAAAAGAAAAGAAGAGAAAAGCAAGCUAGAUUAACUUCAGUAGGAUGUAAAUGUUUGGGAAAGAGCACAGAAAACACAAAAGGAAUUAUCAUUUGGACUGUUUAAUAACAAAACAUAACUGGAUUUUGAGAUUGGGAAUAUUUUCAUUUAUAUUGAUGAUAUAGUUGUGGUGAAUUACGCAAAGCAUUUCAAAUUCCAUAGUUAAGAUCAUUUGCUAUUUCAAAGAAACUUACCAUGUGGUGCACUGGGAAUUGGGAGUGAAAGCCAACAAAAUACUUGUUUCAUUGAGCUAUUAGUGAAUGAGCUGAAACUGUUCUGUGCUCAAAAAUUUUUGAUGUGCUAAGUUACAAAAUAUAAUAAUGACCAAUUUGUAAAUACUAGCAAAAAUUAAUUUGGAAAUGUUAAUCCUAUCAUUACUCCUACAAAUAAAUAUGGAAAUAUUGGUGCUGA